GUUCGAAACAUUAGGCCCGGUGAAAAAUGGAUUACGAACGGCCACGUUUAAGGUGGUAUACACACCUUGCUGACUUUGCUAAUACACUGAAGGCUUUCAUAGGAUCAAACUACCUGACAAUUGCUUUUGCCUUCAAACAAAGUGGACUUGUGAUGGGUGUGAUUGGAUUGCUGUUCAUUGCGACACUGACCGAUCACUGCUGCCAUCUGCUGGUGAAAUCCAAGUACUUUGCCAUUAAGACAGCCAUCUCCAGAUCUGAGGCUCAGGACGAAUCCUCCUCCUCUCCUUCUCAAUCUGAAGAUCAGUCUGAUGACACGCCAUUACUAAUAGAAAACGAGACAUUCCACAGUCUGACGUAUGGAGACAUAGCAAACAUUGCCUUCGGCAAAAUCGGACUAUACGUCGUGAAUGCCUGCAUAUUUUUUACUCAAUAUGGUUUUUGUGUUGCUUAUUUCAUCUUCAUAGGCAAUACGCUUUUUAAUUUGUUUCCAUAUAAAACGUGUCAUGUGACUUUUUCAAAUGCAAGUGUAUCACAAGAAUGUAUUCUCAAUGAUUUCUCUUUAAAUGUGCAUCCUGUGAUGGCUGUGGUUAACCAUUCAUAUGCAUAUAACAAUUUGCCAUAUAAUACGAAAGACAGUACACAGUUACCGUAUAAAUAUGUUUCAAGUUCAGGAUCAUCCAACUCUGAACUGGUCUCAAUCAUCAUGUCUGAAUCAUUGCUCAAUAAUUCAACUACCUUGCCCACAACAGCAACAACAGCGACAACAGCCCUGACAUCCACAGUUGCAGCAGUUAACUGGACUCACUUCAACAACACAGUUUUGAUGACCACAGCACCAUCGAAGAAGUACCUUGUUUUGGUUCCUUUGCCGAUCUUCAUUUUAUUUGCAUAUAUACGACACAUGCGUCAUCUUGGCAUUGUCAGUGCCACAGCCAACAUAUCAAUUCUGAUUGGAUGUGUGUCUGUGCUCAUCUAUCUCUUUGUUGAUUUUUCAGUGAGUAGCCAUUAUGAGCUGUUUGACUUGAGACAUAGUCUCAUUUUCUUCGGCCUGGUAAGCUCAUCGUUUGAAGGAAUCGGAUGUGUAAUACCAAUCGAAUCCAGCAUGAAGGGAAACCGCCAUAACUUUCCUCUUUUUUUACACGGAGCUGUCAUUUUUCUGUCAUUUAUGCUUUUGGUGUUUGGAAUUCUGGGAUACCUGCGCUUUGGUCAGCACGUUGCUCAGAUGAUCAACAUAAACAUUCCCCCGGGAUCCUUGGUUUCUCUCGUGGUAAACAUCUGUCUGUGUGUUGGUGUUGUCCUCACGUUCCCGCUACAGCUUUUCCCCGUUAUUCAAAUGGCCGAGCUUUAUAUAUUCGGAGAUGGUCGACUCUGUGGUCCAAAGAAACGAAUGCUGCAGCAAAGCAACAGACAUUACGAAGCUACAGACAGUGACGCAGAACAAACUGACGGCCAGAUAAACGGGACGGCGGAGGAUUACCAGGUGUUAAUACCAAACGGUUCCACGGACGCAGCAAACAGCACUCCUGGCACCAUCUCGGACAAGGUUGCAGCAUGGAAAAGAAAUAUUUUACGCACAUUUAUUGUGCUGUCAGCGGCUGGGUUUGCUGUUUUGUUUAGAAACAGUUUUGCCUAUCUUAAUGGAUUUGUUGGUUCUAUAGGCAGUACGACACUGGCCUACAUUAUGCCGUCCCUGAUUCACACCAAACUUGGAGGUACUGACUUGAAGAGACCCAUCCGGCUGAAGAACUACAUGAUAGUAGUGGUAGGAGUUGUGUGUGGUGUGGCCAGCUUGUGUGCCACUAUUAUCGAGUUGGUUAACAAUACGUCCGUAUGAACACACACACACACAUUUUAAUGUUAGGGCAUAAUAUUAUACUACGAGUUGUGUGUGGCGUGGCCAGCUUGUGUGCCACAAUUAUUGAGUUGGUUAACAAUAUGUCCGUUUGAACACAUACAUUUUAAUGUUAGGGCAUAAUAUUAUAAUUAUACUAGGAGUUGUGUGUGGCAUGGCUAGCUUGUGUGCCACGAUUAUCGAGUUGGUUAACAAUACGUCCAUUUGAACACACACACAUUUUAAGGUUGGGGCAUAAUAUUUUAAUGUUACGGCAUAAUAUUUUAUGUGAACCAUCUUUUUGUUCAUGUGCUGAUCAGUUAUACAACUUUAAAUUGUUGCGAACUGCUAAUAGGUGUUGUGGUGAACCAUUAAAUUCUAAAAUUAAAAGUUGUAGGGCUGAAUUUAUGAAGCCUGUUUUUGUUAAAUGCAGGUUUUAAAUCACAAAUGCAGGUGUUUUAUCAUUGUAAAUAUAUGUAGUUACAUGCAUGGAAGUCAAAAACGGACUUUGUAACUUCAGCCCUUAGUAUUCAGGGUUACCAACACUUAAUGUAUUCCAAAAAUCCAUAUAUUGGAGAGAUAAAAAAAAAAUUCUCAAGUGAUUUUUAGACACAGUAUGCAAAAAAUAGUUUGUUAUUAAUUUGUCAAGCCAGUGUAGUAAUUUACGUAUUGCGAAGCCAGGUUAGGUAACUCACGAUUUGUGUAAAAAUAAUUUGUAUAAUCAAACAAUUGGAUACCUAGGUAGAAAUCAUGUUACAGUUCCCAAAGAUUCUGAAAUAUUGGUCCAUGCAUGACAUCCAGGCCCAUCGGAGCAGUUUUUUUAAGUGUGUGGAGGGGUGGGGUGGGGAGGAAUGAACAGCACCCAAGAUGAAUUGAAUGGCAUUAAAUGCCUUUUCUUGGCAUCUGAAUCGCAACAUUAGCCAUUUUGAAAAAAACUAUUUAAAAACUAUUUUAAGGAUUAUUUUGUAUAGUAAUAUAACCAAAGAAUAAUUUUAUUUAGAUGGCCGUAAAUGCACCAGAUCUCAGACGGGGGGUGGGAGGAAGCAUUAAUCACGAUCCAAGACAUUGGGGGAUAUGUCCCUUCCCUGUGAAAAUUUAAAAAUUGAAUGGCUUUAACUGUUGUCCAUCCAGCUUUACAACUAUAAAACAUCAUCACUGACCCAAGUGUCCAACAUAAAAUAUGUACUUUUAAACCUACAUUUUCCAAAUUGUAAGAAAACAACUAAUGUAAAACUAUUCGUGUGCAAUAUUUUAGGAGAGAUCUUAGUGAAUCUAAUUAUACAAAUAAAAUUUACAGAUUCUGAAGAACUUAAUUAAUAUUUUAAAAAUAUUCUUUUAAAAUCCUACGAUCGUGAUCCAUGACAUCAUUGUUUGACGCUUUCACGAAAUUUAUGGAGUUAUUACCGUUUUAUUGGGACCCCCUGCAAGCAAGCAAUUUUGCCUCUUACCUGUUUGUGUCAGUCCGUCCGUUUGUUUGCGGAUAUCUCUGAUUGUGAUAUCAGGAGAUUCCUGUUCUUCCAUGCUCCCUGUGGUCGAUUGUUGUGCACCAUUUUAAUUUUUCAUCUCUUCUAUUGAUGACCACAGUAACUUGUAUUGCCCUAGAGGCAACCCGAUCUCUUUAACGUCUCUGUCAUCUAAUAGUAUGAGCACUUCUCUAGAGUUCAGUUCUUCACUGUGCAAAACUUAUGCUGUUUUUCUAGUUAGUCCCAGCUCUUUCGCCCAUGUGUCAAAUUUAAGUUUUCACUUUUCUCUGCUUCACUGUCCACUAUCUCAGGUUGUGGUGUAAAAACCUCUCCUGUUGCAGCCAUUUUUCACAUAAAUCUUAGUUGUUGUUACACAAUGUGUAUUAUCAUCAUAUUAGUUAUAAAUUUGCAAUUUUUAUUUUUAUUUGGAUUUUUUUUGCGCAAAGCGAAAGAAAACUUGACCGCUGUUCUGGUCUGCAAGCUAGCAAGUGACUUUCCCAGAAGCUGUGAACUCUCUUUCACCAUAUCAGGGCAGUUGUUUAUAAACAAGUGCGGGGCCUGGUCUUUCUCUCUCUAAACUAAAUUAAAGUUUUAUUUCCACAUAAGUGAAAGACACUUGUGGUGUCCCUGUUGGUUUCAUAUUUAUCAAGCCAUGUCCUAGGCUUUUCUGUUGCUGAGUCUUUAAAACUAUUUGGGGUUUUAAAACAUGGACAACUUGCUAAUGGUUUGCUUGUACCGAUUUCAUUUUCGUGUCCAUAUCAUUUGCCUUUUUUCCAGUGACAUGUUGGGUUUGUAUGCUAGGGUUAUCAAAAUGGCUGUUGUAAGUCGAGUUUCGAUGCCUCGGCGGGAAGGUAUUGGCUUACCUUCAUUUAGUUUUACCAUCUUGAUGACAAAGUAAUAGGGGUCGUAUUAUGCAUCUCCACCAUAUGUUGUGGGAUUGUCCUUUUUUUUCACAAAUCUCAACCCAGAUUGGGGAAUUAGUAAAGAUUUUUAUUCUUCUAAAAUGCUGACAACGUUCACCUCAGGGCACCUGUUGCAACAGAGUUACUUGUUUUUCAGUAUAAAUGUAACAAAAACUACUUGCCACACAACUAUAUCAUCAAACAUAAGUUUAACAACAACAUCAAGGGCUCAAUAUUUAUUUUACUUCUGUCAAUAACUUUGCUAUUAAUUUAUUUUACAAAUGAUAGUCUUAACUGCUUUCUUUAAAAGCUUUUCGAUUACUCCAUUGUAAACACUGUUAGCUUGUGAGUCAUCAUCAUACCACACAUGACGUAUUCUGUGUUCCACGAUCAUGCCAUCAAAGAAAUCUCCUCUUUAAUCUGGUUGCAUCAUUCAGGUUUGUUUUGUUGUUGGUUCCUCCACAAUGAAAUGGCCAGUUUGACUAACAUAUAUCUUUUUCAUUUGUAUGUUGUCAAGGUAGUUGAUGACUUACUUUUGUGCCCUUCAUUCUGGAGGAGAGAGGUAGCACAUGGUAGCAUUUGGAGCAUAUUUAUUAGCAGCAUCAGACAUUCUCACCAUUUCUACAGCAUCGGUAUUGUGGCAGUGCUGACUCUGUCUCCUUCCCAUUGGGCUAUUUCUUGUUCCAGCCAGUGCACCACAACUGGUAUAUCAAAUGCCGUGGUAUGUGCUAUUCUGUCUGUGGGAUGAUACAUAUAAAAGAUUCCUUGCUACUAACAGGA